AUACCUAAAAAAAUAUAUGAUGUACAUUACCAUGCAAACUUCCACCGAAAAUUGGUUUGAACGAGAUCUAGUAAAUAGUUUUUUUUAAUACGUCAUAAAUGGACUAGUCCGACUCGCACUUGGCCGCUUUUUUAAAUUUGCCGCUCUUUUCUAAUGACCGAAAUGACUUGACAGACUAUACUUACUUUCCUCUUUGGAUACGAUAGCUGUUAAUGCAGAAACAAAACGCAUUGACAUUGACGGAUAUAUUUCUUCAGAGUCCAAAUCGUAUUUCCUAACUUAAGGACAUCCUUUAUAUUUUAAAUCUAACCGUGAAUGUUGGGCACCUUAUCUCGGUUUGGACUCAGAAUAGACGCAAACAACACUAGCGGGCAAGGUGACGCCCGAUUAAAUCUUAAAUAAAUUGCUUUUAUUUCGUUUUGGCACCGUAAUAUUACAUAGUUUACGUCUAAAACUAUCACAAUAAAAUAUAUACAAUAUAAACACAUUUUACUACAGUUAAUAUUACAAUUUUGAAGUAUAGUUAGAUAUUCGUCACCGGGCGCGGGAGUAUCAAACUAAAAUAAUAACACGGGCUCACAAUAAUUCAACUCAUACAGUGUUUAAUGUUAUGCAUUUGAUAAAAGUAGCCUUUUAAGGUACUAGCAUCGGAACUCUGUCUUUUAGUGAAGCAAAAAUGGUGUCUACAAGAGGCGUACGUUACAAAUUCACUGAGGGUGAACGUGUUUUGUGCUAUGAACCAGAUCCCACAAAAGCUAAAGUCCUCUACGAUUCAAAGGUAUUAGAAGUGAUAGAAAGCAAGGACAAGCGGGGCAGGAGAUCAGUGGAGUAUCUGAUACAUUUUCAAGGUUGGAAUUCCUCAUGGGACCGAUGUGUGAGCGAGGAUUUCGUGUUAAAAGACACAGAGGAGAACCGGCAGCUACAACGAGAUCUCGCUGAGAAGUCACAAUUGCAACUUGGUGCCUACUUGUACCGACGCGAGCGCAAGAAGGGCAGCAGCGCGGGCCCGGCCAAGCGCGCGCGCCACGGCUUCAGCGACGACGGCUCCUCGUCCAGCACGCAGCCCGACGGUGAGCCUGCGACUAGCGACCAUAACAGUAGCCGAGGAAUGCCUACUAAUCACAUGGCUUCAGACGGAUCGACGGGAGACACGGACUCGUCCAUGGGCUCGGGCUGCAGCAGCCCGCACUCGCCGCCGCCGCACCAGGGCCGCGCGCACAUCACGCUGCCCUCCGCGCUCAGGGAUCGCCUGACGUUCGACUACCACCUGGUGGUGAAGCGCGGCCGCCUGGCGCGGCUGCCGGCGGCGCCGAGCGCGGCGCAGGUGCUGGAGUCCUUCGUCAAGUGGUUCGCGCGCGCCGGCGCCUGGCACCCGCAGCGCCCGCGCCACGACCCGCCCAUGAAGCCCGACCUGCGCGACGUCUCCUGCAGAUUGAACCUGGUACGCGAGGUGGCGGACGGGCUGCGCGUGUACUUCGACUUCGUGCUGCGCGCGCAGCUGCUGUACAAGCAGGAGCGACAGCAGUACCACGAGCUGUGCGGCCAGUUCCUGCACGAAGAUGAGACAGAGGAGGAGGAAAUGAAAUCAGAGGUGGAAGAAGAAGAAGGCGCGUCUAUGGAAACGGUGGCAGCCGAGGGCGCGGAGAAAGAGGACCCCGAGGACAUCAAGAGCCCCAAGAUACCCGAGUACUCGCACUUGCCGCCCGACCCUACCGAGUCAGAGGCACCCGCACCAGAAGAGCAACCCAAUAAUCACGACGAGCCAGCGGGCGCUAGUGAGGACGCCAACAACGCGAGCAAUAACAUGGAGCCCGCCCGGAGCGAGCCGAGCGCCGACGAGGCCGACAACAAGCGCGAGGCGCGCCCCGCCACGCGCAGCGGCAACGUCAACCGCCGGUUGCGGUCGCACAAGUCGGCGGUGUCCCAGUCGGAGAACGAGGAGCCCGCGCCCUGCACGUCCACGGGCGAGCAGCGCGCCUUCGAGACUCUCUCGUCCAGCGUGGGCAGCAGCGGCUCGUCGCUGAGCGAGAGCUGGGCGCGGCCGGCGCGCCAGCCCGCCGCCGCGCCGCCCACGCGGACGCCGCUGUCUCUGCUGCUCGAGAAGGUGGCGAAAUGGCAGAUAAUCCCUCGAGAGGGCACAGAGCAUCUCCCGUGCCGGGUCUACGGCGCCAUACAUCUUGCUAGACUCUUUGUGAAAUUACCGGACUUCUUAAAUGCAACGCAGAUGCCUGAUUUCAAAUUGAAACUGAUCCUAAAGCAUAUUGAUAUGUUUGUCCAGUACUUAGACGAGCACAGUGAAUGGUUCGGAGAGAUGUACUACAUAGCGGACAACGUGUCGCGGUCACAUUGAACAUAUCUACGUAAUAUCCAGGAAAUAAUUACAUAGUUGCAACUUCUAAAUAGAUUAUAAAUUGGUAGCUUCUUUUAUUUCAAGAAGUUGAUAUAUGUAUGAUUUUUUUUAUUUAAAUUUAAAGUAGACUACUAAUUAAUAUGUAAAACUUAUGAUGGUUUACGAAUUAUGAAUCCUUGGAUUCAACAGAAAUUACAUUAUAAUGACUGCAUAUGUACUGUUACAUAAAAAUAGGUAACCGAAAUUGUUGGUUCAGUGCAUAUUUACAUAAGGUGACAAGCUAGUUACAGCCCGUCUUGUGACCUAAUUUCGUCCACACCAUCUUAAUAAUUAUUACAAAAUGCUAAAAAGCUCUGGGUUUAAAUUUCUAGUCUUCCACGUAAUUGGAUAUGUAUACUCUAGCAAACCCACUUUGUCGUAGAAAAAGACGCAAAUUCAAAUUUUCUGUGGUAGAUCAACCCUUUGCGCUUACUUAUUUUAAAUUUGCCGCCUUUUUCUACUGACGGAAGUGGCUUGCCAAACCAUAUCUGUAUAUGAUAUUUUCCGUUGGUCACCAAUUAAUCUUCAGCAAAGCUGGAAGAUGUUUAAGACAAGUGUUUAUCAAUGAUUUCACAAUCAUCGUUUAUUUUAAUCUUUUGUGAUUUGACUUUUGGUUCAACAAUUAUUUAUGUUGUGUAAUAUUUUUAGGAGCUUUUUAAUGAUAUUGAUGAAUGACUAAGCAGUAUGCAUUUAUGUAUCUCAAUUGUGAUAUGUAGAAAGAAUCGUGCUUCAAAUUUGACAGCUGAUACUUUUUGAAUCGUGAUAUAUUCAUUUGCAUAUGCCAUGCCAAUACCUACCAAUAUUUUUUGUGACCAAUCAUUAUUUUGUUUGCCUCUAGUUAAUACAAAUAUUAACAGCAAACUUA